AUGAUUAUUGAAACAAAUACAUAUAUUUCAAAGUAUAAAGAAAUCCAAAAAUACUUAGAAGAAAGUUUAGAUCAUAGAAAUUCAAUUGAAGAUCUAGUCAAAAAAAAUUGGAAAGAAAAUAGUAUUGAAUAUCCAACAUUAUAUUCAAUUGUACUUUCAGUUGCUUCUUCGUCCGUUGAAAUUGAAAGAACAUUUUCGGGUGCUAAGUUGUUGGUUACAGACAACAGAUCAAAUUUGGUUUGGGAAAGAAUAGAACAAUGUGUGUUAUUAAGGGAAUGGGUAAACAUUUCAAGAGUAGAUAUUGUCGAAAACUCUGUCAUUUUUAUUAUUCAAAUAUUUCAAAAAUAG